UAUUCAACUUCUGGGAUGACCUCUACUGAGGCAAGCGUGGACUUGACGUAUGGAGACUCGACCACAGGAACUUAUGCUUCAGAUCCCAUCGGCCUGGACACUGUCACACUGGCCGGACUUUCGACGGACGACCAAAUGUUUGCUGCGGUGGACAGCACAGAUAAUUCUGCUGUCUUGAAUGGUGGUGCCGGGAUCAUAGGUGUAGGGUUCCCGAGCGAGAGCUUCAUCGAGACGCAGCUGACAAACGAGCAGUUCAACAAUCCAACAACAACGGAUGGCUUUGUCCCCCAUAUCAGCACAUACGGACCUAUAGUCUCCGAACUCGUUGCUGCCGGCGAAAUCGACCAGCCAUUGUUUGCCCUAAGCAAUCACGUUUCCUCGCGUGCGCUAUAGCUGAGUAUCUUAGACAAAUUACUUUGCAACGAGACACGGUAGAUGUUAGUGGGAAAGGCCAGCUUACCAUCGGCGAGCUGCCUGGUGGAGUAGAAAUUUGGGGUAGAUAUUGAGGACCAGGUUGAGCUGCCCUCCGUCGCUGCAGUCAGUUUUGCGGAAGCUUAACAUUUACACUGCAUCUCGUUCCCUGAAAUGUCAGUGCAGUGAAGAGGUCGCAUGUGCAUCGGACGUUCUCUCUGGGUGUGCUCUUUCUUACGUGGCUUAUAUCCGUAUUAAUCAUCCUUUUCAUC